UAGCAUUCAGUACGAAUUCGAGAUCCGUUAAGUCGGCUAGUUAAGUAGGAGUACCAAAUAUGAAGUUCGCUGUUGUCCUGUGCCUGCUUUUGGCCACCAGUGGUUUUGCCCUGGUUCCCAAGCAUCCCGCAGAUGGAGACAUAGUCUCCAUGCUGGCCCGCCAGCAGUUCGCAGUUCGCACUUUAAUAGCCGCUCCCGAGGCACGGGAUGGAUCGGCCCAGAUCAAUGACUGCUUCAACCAGUAUCUGGAGGACCAGACCAACGUGAUCAUGGGUUACAAUGUGAAGUACACCGGAUGCCUGAGGACCGCACAAAGUGAUCGGGACGAGCUCACUAAGCAGAGCGCCUCGGAGCGCGAAGCCCUUCUGGAGCGCACCAACAACAUGUGCUCCAGUCUGACCCAGUGCGAUACCCUUGCGGAUGGCCAGGAAUUCUUCGACUGCUACCGCAAUGCCUCCUCCGACAGCUACAAGGUAAUGUUCACCCUGAACAGUGACUCCAGCACGGACUAUAACCGCAUCAGUGCCAAGUACCAAGUGAUCGAGACCGAUCUUACCGCCUGUGUGGAUGAGGCUCGCUUGAAUUACGCCCAAGAUUUGGACGCGUGCGACGAGAAUCUGACGAUCUGCUUAAAUGGAGGCGAGACUUCCCCUGAACCGUCUAAUCCCACUACGACCUCUGAAGCUCCAUUGACCACCACUACUCCUGAAGCUCCAGUCACCACAACUACUCCUGAAGUUCCUGUGACCACCACUACUCCUGAAGCUCCAGUCACCACAACUACUCCUGAAGCUCCAGUGACCACCACUACUCCUGAAGCUCCAGUCACCACAACUACUCCUGAAGUUCCUGUGACCACCACUACUCCUGAGGCUCCAGUGACCACCACUACUCCUGAAGCUCCAGUGACCACCACUACUCCUGAAGCUCCAGUGACCACCACUACUCCUGAAGCUCCUGUGACCACCACUACCCCUGAAGCUCCAGUGACCACCACUACUCCUGAGGCUCCAGUGACCACCACUACUCCUGAAGCUCCAGUCACCACUACUACUCCUGAAGUUCCAGUGACCACCACUACCCCUGAAGCUCCAGUGACCACCACUACCCCUGAAGCUCCAGUGACCACCACUACUCCUGAAGCUCCAGUGACCACCACUACUCCUGAAGCUCCAGUGACCACAACCACUCCUGAAGCUCCAGUGACCACUACUACUCCUGAAGCUCCAAUCACCACAACUACUCCUGAAGUUCCAGUGACCACCACUACCCCUGAAGCUCCAGUGACCACCACUACCCCUGAAGCUCCAGUGACCACCACUACUCCUGAGGCUCCAGUGACCACCACUACUCCUGAAGCUCCUGUGACCACCACUACCCCUGAAGCUCCAGUGACCACCACUACUCCUGAAGCUCCAGUGACCACCACUACUCCUGAAGCUCCAGUGACCACAACUACUCCUGAAGUUCCUGUGACCACCACUACUCCUGAGGCUCCAGUGACCACCACUACCCCUGAAGCUCCAGUGACCACGACAACCCCCGCUACCACUAGCGAGCAACCACCUGAGGAAGAUAUUAACAAAUCCGUGCGUUUCGGUCAGAGGAGAUCUUGGAACCUGUUUAAGCGCUUCUUCUAA